UCUUUAGUCUUUCCCAUACACAAAACCUUCUCAAAUUAAGCUCCUUAAUUCCCCAAAAAAAAAAAAAAAAUUUGUGCAUCAAACAUGAUGUCUAGUAGCCAUGGUCACCAAGGAAUUAUAGAAUUAGGAGAAGGAUCAUCAUCAUCAUCAUCAAGAUCAUCAGCUUCAGCGGUACAAGUACCAGCAACUCAUGAUCAUCCUGAUCAACAGCAGCAACCAGCUCAAGGCCAAUUGAGCAGGUACGAGUCUCAAAAACGUCGCGAUUGGAACACUUUUGGGCAGUAUUUGAGGAAUCAGAGGCCUCCAGUUCCGUUGUCGCAGUGCAGCUUCAACCAUGUGUUAGAUUUUCUGAGAUAUCUCGACCAGUUUGGGAAGACUAAGGUGCACUUGCAAGGUUGCGUGUUUUUCGGCCAUCCUGAGCCAGCAGGGCCGUGCACUUGUCCACUCAGGCAAGCUUGGGGAAGCCUUGAUGCACUCAUUGGACGCCUCAGAGCUGCCUACGAAGAAAAUGGUGGUUUACCUGAUAAAAACCCUUUUGCUAGUGGUGCCAUUCGUGUUUAUCUUCGCGAGGUAAGAGAUUCCCAAGCUAAGGCUCGUGGUAUCCCGUACAAGAAGAAGAAGAAGAGGAAAAGUAUUCCCAUGAAGCCAAACAAUGAAAGCUCCAAUUUUCAGAUGCAGUCUUCUUGAUUGCUAUAUGUGGUAAAGUAAAUUCAUAUAAGUUUUGCUGCUUUAAGAGAUUGAGUAUGCUAUUUUCUUGUGAUAAUAUAGAGAUGGGCUAGUACUAUAUUCCCAGAUCUUUAUCUACAUAAUUAAUGUGUUUAAGUGUCACAUAUACUUUUAUUCCAGUAUUAUGUCUUAUACUGC